UAAUUUCGCAAAUUAUCUUUUUUUUUUGUGUUUGUUGCAGAGAAGAGAACAAUAAUGGCACUAAGCUCACUCGACGAAUUCGUAAUCCUCGUUCUGAAGAAGGAUCAUUGUCUUCAACAUGAAGACGCAUCUUCUUCCUCUUCUGCUCCUCCGAGUCAAGUGAUUUCAAUCUCAGCUUCUGAAAUUGUAUCUUGGGACUUGUCAGAGAUACUCGCUUACGCAAGUGUAAAAAUUCGAGUUCAUCGAACUAGGCUCAUUGAGGAAUCAUCGUAUUUCCAAGGCCUACUAAGCGGAAGCUUCAGUGAAUCAGGCCUCGAUCAUAUCUCUGUAGAUUGGAACCUAGAGACUUUCUUGAACCUUGUCAUGUGUUUGUAUGGUUACGCCAUAGAUGUUACAUCCACUAGUUUCUUGCCUCUAUUUGAGGCUGCACUCUAUUUUGGGGUGGAGAGGCUUCUCUCUAUAUGCAAAACCUGGAUUUCAGUGUUGGUAUCAUCGAAUGAUCCUGCAUCACCUAAAUUAGAUUUGUCUGACCUUAUUCAGAUGUGGAGUUUUGGUCUCGAGCAUGCUGGAGAUUUUUUGCCAGAUCUCUGUGCGGCCUAUCUUGCAAAGAAUUUCAUGUUGGUAAAAUCUGAUGAGUAUUUUGGAAGUGUUCCAUAUGAGUUGUUGAUCUCUUGCAUUAAACAUCCUCACCUGACUGUACACAGUGAGAUGCAUCUUGCUGAUGCACUUCUUCUUUGGCUUGAUGCCGAGAGAAGAAUGUCUGGCUUUUCGGAGAGUAGGCAUGAUAACACAGUCAACUUGAUGGAACAGCAAAAGGAAAAAGGAAUGACACAUGUGUAUCUAAAGUCAGUAUCCCCUACCUACGUGAAAAAGGUCCGUUUUAGUCUCUUACCACUGUCGUUUAUUGCAGGAAGAAGCAAGUCUCAUGGUUUCUCAAAGUUUGUUGAUCAAAGCUUGGAAUCGGUGAUUAAACUAAAAAAAAUCCCAUCCACAUACUUAGUCGAUAGUCUAACAGAUAGCCCUCCUGCUGAUCUUAGACUUCGCCUGACUGAAUACACUGAGAUAUUGGACCUGUCAGGAUGCCGGCAGUUAAACGAAGCCAGUCUGCUACUGUCAGUACUUCCUAACUCGUAUUUCUCAAAUCUCAGGUGGAGAAAGAGUUUGAAAAGUUUCCUAAAGAAUCCUGAAGACGAUGAAAGAAAUCGAGAACAUUUAUCUUAUGGAACUUUACCAAUUUUGUCUUUCGAAUCGCUGAAAGAGAUAGAUAUGUCCAAGUGUCAGAGGCUUAACUAUAAAUUUGUGAUCAAGUGCUUCUCUAAGUCAUUCCCAUCAUUAAGAAAACUGAGAGCUGCUUAUCUCUUAAACAUCAAGGUGUUCACAGUGCUUGAACUUCUCCAGAAUUUUCGCCAGCUCACUGAAGUUGAUUUAACAGUUGAUAUCGCUCCUAUAAUACCGGUUCAAGCAUCGUUGUUUUACUCUGGCCGAGGUCAUUGUUCGCUCUCUAAUAUCACAAGACUAACGCUGGAGGGUAGAAGUGAUAUAUGUGAUAUGGGUCUACAGAGCAUCUCUAGACUAUGUGAUUCGUUAUGUUACCUGAACAUAAAAGGGUGUGCACUACUCUCAGAUGCAUGUAUAGCAUAUGUUAUACAGAGGUGUAAGUACUUAUGCUCUCUCAUAGUUUGCUAUACCUCUUUUUCGGAGAAUUCGAUUUUGGCACUAUGCGCUAGUAUUUCUAUGACCAAUGAGCAUAUGGAUUCAAAUUCAUUAGCACCCAAGCUUCAGAUGUUGCACAUGAGUAAAUGCGAGGGAAUUACUGAGACAUCGCUUUUUAACUUGAUAAGUCAGACACAGAAAAUGAAGAGUCUUUGCUUAAGGGAUACAAAAGUUUCAGACAGUGUGCUAUGUGAAUUCCCCGGCUCUUCCUUGGAAGCACUUGAUAUCUCAAAUACCACGAUAUCUUGGAUGGCUCUUGUUCGUGUAAUUAGCAGAAAUCCUAAUCUAAAAAGCCUCAAAGCCAGGGGAUGCAAAAAUCUGCUUCAGUUACAGGGUGACGGGAGAGCUGACUAUUCCUUUCCGUUGUUUUCUGCUCAUGAGGUGUUUAAAAGUUUAAGCAAGGGAAGUGGAUUGGAGGAGCUUGAGAUUGGUUGGGGGUUUUCUUAUUUCUCUCUUGAGUCUUUGAGACCCGCAGUUUCGUUCCUACGAGCUAUAAGUGUGGGUUUGGGUGCUUCCUUAGGUGAAGAUGCUUUAAAGCUUCUUUCUUCAGCUUGUCCUUUGCUAGAGUCUAUCGUCCUCUAUUUUCAGGAAAUCUCUGAUUCUGCCUUGGCAAGUAUCCUGACAUCACUGAAGCACCUGCAAGAGUUAGCUUUGUCCUAUUGUUUUGGUGACAUAUCCAUUCAAAGUUUCAAGUUCUCUAUGCCGAGCCUGAGAAAAUUAAGGCUUGAGAGGGUAACUCGUUGGAUGACCAGUGAUGAUUUAUUUAUUCUCACACAAAGCUGUCCGAACGUGACAGAGCUUUCAUUAGUAGGAUGUUUACACUUAAAUUCAGAUUGCCAACCUAUCAUCUCAGGUGGAUGGCCGGGAAUGAUUUCUCUUCAUCUAGAGGAAUGUGGAAGUAUAACAGAUAAUGGUGUCACUUCUCUCUAUGGUUGCAUUGCUCUCGAAGACCUUUUGCUUCGCCACAACGGCUCUGGAAUACAAAAAAGCUUCCUUCUUGAUGCUACUUUGAAGUUUCCAAUGCUUCGGCUGGUAUCUCUGGACAUGUGUGAUGCAAAGGAAGGCGGCUUCGAUGCCCCAGAGGAGGAAGAAGGAAGUCACUUCCUAAGCAUAGUGAAGAUCAGUAGAUGCAAGUCUGAGAGAUGCGCACUGGGAAGAGUCUUGGCUCCUGUGCAUAGAGAGACGCUGGUUAUGCUAUGGAAUGGCCAAAACUACACUAAAACGCUUAUCAAACAAAGACUUUGAUCCCUCUCUACUACACUACACUUUAUGAUGUGUGUUUUAGUUGGUUUAGAUUUUAUUGAUGUAGCUGAAAGAUUUUUGUUUGGAACUCAACUACGAUUUAGAAUUCACUUUCGGUGUAGUUGUAGAUUGAAUUACAUGAUGCAACUUGACCAUC